AUGUUAGCUGUACAAGAUGUUGCUGAACGUUUUCGUAGAUUAGGUAUAACUGCAUUACAUGUACGACUUCGUGCAACUGGUGGAAAUAAAACCAAAACAUCUGAACCUGGUGCUCAAUCAGCUUUUCGUGCUCUUGCACGAUCGCGGCUCAAAAUAGGUAGAAUUGAGGAUGUAACACCAAUACCAUCGGAUAGUACACAACGAAAAGGUGGUCGACGUAGUCGUCGUUUAUAA